AUAUUAAUCUAUACUUGAUUAUAUCUAGAUCUAAGAUCUAUCUAGACUUUAGUUCUUCUAGUCUAGAAUCUAGAUCUAGAUUUCUAGUGCCAUUAGAGAAUUGAAUGGGUUGCCUGAGGAAAACCAACAACUUAGUGGAUUUUAAGUCAUUGAUUAACAUGCAGGACUAGAUUGAAACACGAAAUGCGAAGUACAUACUUAUUUCCUCUUUUGAAGUAAACUUUUUCAAGUUCAAGCACUACAACCAGCGACAGUUGAAUUGAAUCCUGAAAUACAAAUGCUUAACUUUGUUUAUCGUCUGCUUUACUUAAUUACUGGGAUAUGCUGGCUAAAUAUUUGGCUGAUUCAGGCCCUUGUUGCCCUGGUUCUUGUAGGACCUAAAAAACUGUUUGAUAAAUCAAAAGAAAAUGAACCCCCGGCAGCAUUACAUGACCCAGUAUAUGGAGAGCAUAAGUCAGUAACUGUUAAUAAAGUGAAGCUGCAUUAUGUAGUCAGUGGCCCAACACAGGCACCACUGAUGCUCAUGCUUCAUGGGUUUCCAGAAAUCUGGUACUCCUGGCGAUAUCAAAUUAAAGAGUUUCAGAAGGACUUCAGGGUUGUGGCUGUAGACAUGAGAGGGUAUGGGGACUCAGACAAACCAAAAGGACUAGAAAACUACAAGAUGGAUGUCUUAGUUCAAGAUGUUCAGGAGUUAAUUGAAGCUUUAGGUUAUAGGUCAUGUGUUCUAGUCUCCCAUGACUGGGGCGGUGCUGUGGCCUGGGCAUUUGCGUCCAUAUAUCCAGAAAUGGUGGAUAGACUGGUUGUGAUGAAUAUGGCACCUGCUAUGAUUUGGAAGCAAGGAUUCACAAGCAUCUGGAAUCUGUGGCAGUUCUUAAGCUCUGGCUAUAUUUACUUGUUUCACCUCCCUUACCUCCCUGAGAUCCUGGCUGGACUUCAAGAUAUUAAGAUGCUAGAGGACACAUUUUUGCAAAAACCCUUUGGUGUUCAUUCUGGACUGAUGACGAAGGAUGAUGUUGAGUGCUAUAAAUAUUACUACAGGAAGCCAGGUACUUUUACAUCAGGAAUGAACUACUACAGGGCCAACUUGCACAUUGACAGCACUAGUCAUGGCCUGAAUUACCCCAUGCCUGUGCAGAUAAUCUGGGGCUGUCAGGAUCAGGCACUGACUAUGAAACUAUUGGAGCAGACUGCAAAGGCUGUCCCUCAUGCCAGGGUGGCAAAAAUAAAAGAGUCUAGUCAUUGGGUUCAGAUGGACCAGCCUGACAAAGUCUGCAUCAUUAUGAGAGAUUUCUUACUGGACACUGGCUACCAUGCUACACAGUGAUCAUGUUGAUUAUUAUUAAAUUGCCUUAAAAACAACCAUUUAAGUGAAUGUUACAAAGGCUAAAUCUACUUUAUAAAUGUAAAAUUACACUAUAAAGUGCCUCGUUUGUUAAAAUAAAAAAUAACAUUUUU